AUGCCGCAGAUUUGCAGCGCCACUCUCGAUCGAGAUCUCUAUCCUCAGCUGUCAAGCACUCCAUUCUGGCUGGAGUUGAUCUUCUAUGGACUGCGACGGCUGCCAAGUGUUCGAGAGACCUUGCUCUCCGCCCUUCUCGGGGUGCAAGUGCAGUCGAUGAAAUACGAGUACGACUUUCACGAAUACCAUGGACGCAUCCCAUUGACCUGGUUGUGGACACAACAACCUGCGGGCGGGAAUCACCCUCCUCAAUGGGCCCGCGACCUCCAACUUCGAUCAUAUUACCUGAUCUCGACGGCGGUCAUGGGCACUUAUUAUUGGGCGGGAUGGCUAGUGCUUGGCAUGAAAGGGUAUUACCCAGAGUACACUGUGUCAAGUGAACAGUAG